AGUCACACUUGGAGGAGCGCUAACGGGACAGCGGUGCAGGCCAAUCGCAGUCAGUCCUCUGGAGGCCGAGAGACUGGGGUGGAGAUUCGGAGACUGCAGUUGCAGCUCCUUCUGCCGAAGCCCCCCUCAACCCAGGACGCUCCCCAUCCCUAACAGCUGCCCACCCUGAAACUUGCCUCCGAGGGCCUGGCCAAGAGACUGCCUCCAGUGCGGGUGCGGGCCCCGCCUGAAUCCGAGGCUGGCAGCCAGCAGCUGGGCUAAUGCUGCUGAUCCUUUACUGCGGCCGUCAAGUGACCCAGUUCUAAGAACAGGUAGAAUUGGCUAUGGAUAAUUCAUAUGAUUUCAAUCGACGAAAUUCAUGUAAUGGAAUUCCAUCUGAGAAGAAGAACAGCUUCCUUGUGUCAGAAGAUCACGGACAGAAAAUCUUAAGUGUACUACAGAAUUUUAGAGAACAAAAUGUCUUUUAUGAUUUCAAAAUAAUCAUGAAAGAUGAAACAAUCCCAUGUCAUCGUUGUGUGUUAGCAGCAUGCAGUGACUUUUUCAGGGCUAUGUUUGAAGUAAACAUGAAAGAAAGAGAUGGUGGAAGUGUUACCAUUACUAAUUUGUCCUCCAAAGCAGUAAAAGCAUUUCUUGAUUAUGCCUAUACUGGAAAAACAAAGAUAACAGAUGAUAAUGUGGAAAUGUUCUUCCAGUUGUCAUCAUUUCUCCAAGUUUCCUUCCUAUCCAAGGCUUGCAGUGACUUUUUAAUAAAAAGUAUUAAUCUUGUCAAUUGUUUACAGUUAUUAUCUAUGUCAGAUAGCUAUGGCUCUACCCGUUUGUUUGAUCAUGCAUUGUACUUUGUACAACAUCACUUUUCUUUAGUAUUUAAAUCCAGUGAUUUCUUAGAGAUUAAUUUUGGAGUACUGCAAAAAUGUCUAGAAUCAGAUGAAUUAAAUGUUCCUGAAGAAGAAACCGUACUGAAAGUUGUCCUUAGUUGGACUAAACAUAACUUAGAAUCCAGGCAAAAGCAUCUGCCUCAUUUGAUUAAAAAAGUAAGAUUACAUCAGUUAUCUGAGGAGACGCUUCAAGACUGUCUGCUCAGUGAGGAGUGUUUACUCAAAAGCACAAACUGUUUUGACAUAAUCAUGGAUGCAGUUAAGCGUGUGCAAGGUUCUGGUGGACUUUUCCCUGAUGCUCGACCAUCCACAACUGAAAAAUACAUAUUUGUUCACAAAACUGAGGAAAAUGGAGAAAGUCAAUAUACAUUUUGCUAUAAUAUUAAAACUGAUUCGUGGAAAGUAUUGUCACAGUCACACCUGAUUGAUUUGCCAGGAUCUAGUCUGUCUAGUUAUGGAGAGAAAAUAUUCCUGACAGGUGGUUGCAAAGGGCCAUGUUGUAGAACGGUUAGGCUCCAUAUUGCAGAGUCCUACCAUGAUGCCACUGAUCAAACCUGGUGCUACUGUCCAGUCAAAAAUGAUUUCUUCCUGGUAUCGACUAUGAAAACACCAAGAACCAUGCAUACAUCAGUUAUGGCUCUCAAUAGAUUAUUUGUCAUAGGUGGGAAGACUAGAGGAUCUCAGGACAUUAAAAGUCUCUUAGCUGUUGAAUCUUACAACCCUCUUUCCAAAGAAUGGAUCUCUGUUAGCCCAUUACCCAGAGGCAUAUACUAUCCCGAAGCAAGUGCAUGCCAAAAUGUAAUUUAUGUUCUUGGAUCAGAAGUAGAGAUUACGGAUGCCUUUAACCCAUCACUUGAUUGCUUUUUUAAAUACAAUGCUACAACUGAUCAGUGGUCUGAACUAGUAGCAGAAUUUGGGCAGUUUUUUCAUGCAACACUAAUUAAAGCUGUCCCAGUCAACUGCACACUGUAUAUAUGUGACCUUUCCACCUAUAAGGUUUAUAGUUUUUGUCCAGAUACUUGUGUUUGGAAGGGUGAAGGAUCUUUUGAAUGUGCAGGCUUUAAUGCAGGUGCAGUUGGAAUUGAAGAUAAAAUUUAUAUAUUAGGUGGCGAUUAUGCACCGGAUGAAAUCACAGAUGAAGUGCAGGUCUACCACAGCAGCAGGUCCGAGUGGGAAGAAGUUUCACCAAUGCCAAGAGCCUUAACUGAAUUUUACUGCCAGGCGAUCCAGUUUAACAAAUACAGGGACCCAUGGUUUUCUAAUCAUUUCUAAAACUAGUGUGUGCUUAGACAGUCUAAAACUAUUCCAGUUCUAGAAACCUACAGUUAAUUUGUUAACCUUAAUAGUUGGUAAAAAGGUCUUUACAUCUUAAUAAGAUAAAAUAUUCCUUCUAUUAGAGAAUCACUAUGAAUGUAUACCAUAUAUGAAUUAGCAGUUCCCAGAAACUUAAAAUACAAAAUAUGUUUUAUCAAAAAUUACAUUGAAUAUAAUUUAAUCUUGGAGAAUCCAGAAUAUUUAGUAUUUUCAUAUGUAAAUAAAACCCAUAGGCUUUGACGUUUUGAUUUUUAAAGUACUCUAUCCAUAAAAGACUAAUGAAAACAAAUCAAAAUUCAUAGAUUUAUACUAUUUAGAUGGAAGAAAUCUCUUUAGGUAGUAAAAAUGAAUUACACUGUAUUAUAUGAACUAGAAAAUAAAUUAGAAAGAGGUGCGAAUCCUCCCUUGUUACUAUAGGUAUAAGAGUUACUGAAUGUCUGUCCUUUCUGAUCAUUGGUUAGCUUCUUUUAAGCCCUCCUUUUCUUGCACUUUUUUUGGUCAGAAAUUUUUCUAAAACGCAAUGUAUUUCCCCAGGCUUCUAAACUGUACAGUAAACAUGGCUUAACUUUUUUACUCUUCAUUAAGAGCAUAAUGUACCAUGUUAUAAGGCCAUCAUGCCAUCGGCAGUUACUGAAAUGCUUUUAAAAUUGCUAAUUCUAUUAGUUCUCAGUGUUGGUUGGUUUCAAUUUCUAUCAGUAUCAUAUUUCUUUUUCUUUUCUGGCUCAAGCUCAGUAAAUUAGCACUUUUGAUUUAAUUAGUAGUUUAAGUUAUGCCUGACCUGAGUUUAUCUUAACGUGUAACCCACUGAGUGACGUUCUUGGAUUUGGGGAGGAUAGUCCUAAAAUCCUUUUUAUGUAUCAUUGCCAGGUUCCAACAUAACGGAGGAGGUGAAAAAUCUGACUUCUAGAUAAGUGGCUCAUUAUUGUUGCAUUUCCUAACUUCUUAAAUGUCUAAAUUUGAGUUGCAAUAAGAAAUUUCAGGGUUUAAAUUAGUACCGUAUCAGUUUUCUGCGAUGAUACAUACCAUCUGUAAAGCACUGUGUUGGUUUACCAGUUCAGUAAAUUAUUCAUAGUGAAUUAUUUUCUAAAUUUAAAAAAAUGACUGGGCUUUUGCUAUGAUUAGUGGAAUUCACAACCUGUAUUUGUUUAGAUGUUUAAUCACCUUUAACCCAAACAGUGGAAGAGUAUCAAUUAUCCUUGUUCUCAGGAUGAUUCCGCCUUGCAAAAGGGUAUGUUUCUUUAAUCAGUUUAAAAGAUAUAAGCAUUUUAGGUUUUAAGACCCCUGCUUUACAUCUCAGGUAAUGUAUAGAUUGCACCUCUCCAGAAUCAGAUGAGUUUCCCACACUCUGCAGUAAAUAUAAAUCUGUUGUAAAUGUACAUAUUUUUUAGAAGUGUGUUCCUGUAAGUAUGGAAAUGCAGCUAAAUGAAGGUUCUUUUAUUUUACCAUAUAAAUUUAUGCAAUCAGAAGUUUCAAAUAUAUUUUUCAAAAUAGAACAAGAUAUUAGACUACAUUAUUAUGCAAUUCCAAAAUCAGGGACCAUCCCUAAUGAGAUGAGAUAAAAAGUAUUCUGUAGAUUUGGUGGCCUUCCUCCCUACCUACUUUUGUUGGCUCUGCCUUUUCCUCUGUGGGUGUUUGUGUGUGUGUGUGUGUAAGAAAAAAAUUCAGUAGAGGCUUUUGCGUGUGUGUGUGUGAGACUUUGAAAACAAAUUAUUUGAGAAAGACCAUAACACAGUGGGUGACCUCUAUGUGGAUUUACUGAACAGUUAAUUUAAGCAUAUACAAAUAAUUAAAGUAUGCUUAAAAUAAAUAUUGUUUUAAUCACUGACUCUAGGAAUUGUUAAUCUCUUCUAGAAGAAACUAAAAAAAAUAGAAUCCCUUCCUGAUCUUGUUUCCUUAUCGAAUCAUCUUUAUUUCCACCAUUCUUCUCAUUGGCCAUUGAUUUAUGGUUAUGUUUCUAGAAAUAUCCUUGUCAUCAAGCCCUAGGUGGCUCUCUCUGCAUUUGAUUUAAUACACUUUCUAAUGCACAAGUUUUCUGCCUGUUUCCGCAAUUGCUGCAUGUUACUUGUUAAUCAUUUUCAUUUAUUGCCAUCCCUUUCCAUCUGCACCUGAGAGCUCUUCAUCAGUUAUAACUGCAAGAAAAGUACUCUCUCUAAUCAUAAAGCCCCAAACUCUUCCUUUAUUUACUGUUCUCUUUCCUUGGCACCAUAGUAAUCUGUGCUGGGCUUGGCUCCACUAAUAAUUGAUCUUGUUCUCUCUCAUUUUGCAUCUUGUAAAGUUUGCACUUUCAUUUGAUCUAUCUGCCUUAUCAAAAAAUGAUCUGCGUGUUCAAAACCUUCAAGGAAUCUAGCCACUUACACACAUGGUCAGUGACUAAACUGUUUAUAUCUUUCUGAUCAUGCCUGUUGCUGUGGCUUCACUCUCCAAGAACCAUACAUAUCAUUCUGGCCUCACCCUCCAUUCUGGAUCUCUGACAUGCAAAUCUCAGUGAUCUCUAAGGUUCUAUUCUCGGUACCCCCAAAGAAGCUAUUUUCCCUGUCUGUAAGUUCAGGAAAUAACAUCCCUUUAUCUAUGGCCUCUUCCUUUAGUCUUUUUUUUCUUUAAGUCUACUUUCUUUUCAUUAUCAUCCUUCAGCUAAUGCCGCAGGGUAAGAGAUAAAACAAUUCUGCUCAUUAUCCAGAUUGCUGUCAUUCUUGUGGAAAAUUUUAACAUUUCUAAAUCCUUUAUCAUUUGUCUUGCUCCACUACGUUUCACAAAAGAAAGAAUUCUAAUUUCGUAGUGUCUUCUGAAAUUGAAAAGUAUAUAGCAUUAUUAAAUAUAAAAAAGAUUAAGUUCAACAUAUGAGAUAAUUCAGAGUUAAUGGAUAUUCCUAGAGUGAUCUUCAAACUUGGUUUAAAAUGUGGAGCACUUUUAUUCAUCUAUUGCCUGUGCAACUAAGCAGUAUGAAGAAUAUUUGCAUAAUCAAAAUUAACUACAUUCCCAUAACACUCGACUCUGGUAUGAGGAGGGAAAGAGGUCUUUAUCAUGGCAAUAUUCAUUACAUACUACCCUUGGAAACUAGAAUAUUAUUGGAGAGCAACUACAUGCUACAACAUGAUUCUAUUUUUCCCAGAUACCAAGAAGAGCAAUUGCAUAUGUGUUCACUGUACCCAGCUCAAGGUACACGAUUUCAAAAUCAGUCAACUAGAAAAGGCAAACAUCUGUUUAUGUUUUCAGAAUUGGAGGCAGAAAUUAUAAUGGAAUGAUUAAAUACAUUGUUGAAUAUAUAGUGUUUACUUUUAGAUCAUCAUUCUCAGUUCAAUUGGAUCCAGUGUUUGGAAACUCUUCUCCUAUUAUAUUUAGAAUUGAGUGUGUAAGACAAAAAUGUCUUCCAAUGGACAGCUCUGGAGGGUAACCUAAAAACAAAAGCUGGAACUUGUAGGGAAGCAGGUUUCUCUUCAAUGUAAGAAACAACUUUACUCCACUUUAUAAAGCCAUACUUUAGGAUACGCCUAGUUAUCAAAGACUGUGGCAUGUGGCGUAUGAUUAGCCCAAUACCUUCCUACACAGGAGUCCACGACCAAAGAUUUCUACAUUCUGUUUACACAUUUGGAUCUUAAUAGUUUUGUGAUGUAGGACUAAUUGCUUCCUCCAAUUUAUUUAGCAUUUUAGGCAUUCCAAGUAACUUGGUUUCAAUGGUUCUGCAUACUCAAGAUUUCAAUAGGACUUGAGUUUUAAAAGUACAUCAUUUUUAGGAGCAUUCUUACUGAAGGAAAUUUGUUCUUUUUUCUCUUUUUUUUAAUCACUCAGGAAAAAGUCUGUAAUUGGUGCUGACAUUUACAGUGAGCUGCUAAUAGAGAUUUUUUCCUUCUGUCUACCAUAGGUGCACAUUUGUUUUAUAGUAAAUAGAAACUGGAAGACCAGUACCUAAAAUUUUCUCCUGAAUUAUUUCUAAUUUUGCUGCAAAUGUAGCUAUAUAGUUAAAUGUAGUGAUUCUAGUUAAAGAUUAUGUGAUUUGAAAGAAUAUCUUUAUACAGAAUCUUAAUUUAGAUAUGUUUAUAAAUAAAUUAUAUUUGAUGACACUAUGAUGCUUAGUCCAAUUUAAUAUCUAAAUAGGAAAUUUAAUCACAAGAUGAUACUAUUGCUUAUCAAAAGAUAUCUCUUCUAAAUCAUAGACUCAUUCAAACUUGAAAAUAACCUUAGAAUCUAAUACAGCUUCCAACCUGGUAUAGAAAGUCCCUGUAAAUUCUAAAACACUCUUGACAGAUGACUUUUUUCAAUUUCUAAUUCAGUGUUUUCAGGGGUAAAGAGCUCACUACCUCCAUUUUUUAACGAUUCUGUUAGAAAGUACUUCCUAACAUGGAAAGCAACUCUGUCUCCCUGUAAUAACUUCCAGCCUUUGGUCUUAGGUGGUUGUCCCCACAAGUGUUUGAAAGAGUAGUAUGUCUCUCAUUCCUCUAAAAUCAAGGCCUCAUUUUCCUUCUUAUUCAAAUGCUCAGCGCUUUAAAACCUGCCACAAUAGGUGUUACAUUCCUUGUCCUUGUACAGUUGCCUCAGAGAAUCUAGCCUAGCUCUGCCUCCUUUUUGGUGGUUUGAGCCUGACCGGCAUUUCAGAAUCUCUAUUUCACACACGAGUCUUGCCUCACUGUCCAUUCCAGCGUAUUUGAUAACUCAGGCAUCUUGUUCCCUUAACCAGCUCUCUAGCUUUUAUAAAUCCAGUUUGGGCUAGCGCCUUGCUGUGUCUCUCUCUUCGUACCCCCCCCACCCCGGUCAAUAUAAUCGCAAACAUUUUCUGGAAGAGGAAUUUAAAGCCAGAUUUUAAUAAAUUUUUCAAUCAUUUAUCAUUGAAUAUGGUUUUCAGGAUUUUUAAAACACUUCUAAAAAAGACCCCAGAAACUAUACAAAAAAUAGAAAUCAAAGCAGUCACCUUCUUGGUGGUUAAUGAGAAGACAAUCAAUACAGACCAGCCUUAUGGUAAUAACAAUCUAAAUGUGGAGAUUCGCGCUGUUAGUCCAGUUGGAUAAAGCAUGGUAUUUUCAUAAAACAAGGCCAUUAUUAAAUAACUCUAUGGGUCAGGUAGCUUUAUUCAUUUCAUUAACUUUGACAGCAUUCCCAACUAACUGUCUAACUAGCUCAACAAAUUAUGCUGUUGGCUCCAAGGGUAACAAGGUUGCUGGAAUAAUUAAGAGUACAGUUCUUUGAGUAUCACGUUGUAGUGUAAAUAUUCCUUUACGUGUCUGUCUUCCUCAUGUAAUUGGAAGCUCUUAGGAAUGGGGACAUAUCCUCAUCAUUUCUGAACCUAGCAAUUAACACAGCGCCUGCAUAUAAUAAAUAAACUGAUAUUCUAUUGAGUCAAUGUGUGAAGCAAAAUAUAUUUACUAGAGUUAUAUUGUUACUGAAUGGGUUUGAUUUAACUGUACAUUUUGCAACUUAUUUUCAUGUACAAAGGAAAUUAUUUUGAUGGAUACUACAGUUUAACAUUUUUAAAUGCUACCACAUUGUACCUUAGUUAUCUAUUUAUGUAUUUGUUAAUUCUUUUUGUAAUAUUUGAUAUCUUUCUUAUGUUAAAAGUCUCUGAGACAAUUGGUUUAGGUACUUUAUGCAACCUCAGUUUUUGCUAUUAUACGGAAAAGCUAAUGAUGAAGUGUUAUUUACUUGAGAGUGAAAUUGCAUUAUACAGUGCUCUGCCCACCUUUGGAGAACAUGUAUAGUUGAUUGUAUAGUUGCAUAGUAUAUUUAUAGUUGGUUCUUGGAAGUGAAAUUAUAGAUUCAAAGUUAUUUAUCCACCUAAUUCUUUAGUGCUUAGGGAUAAUUUGUUCUCAGUGAAUUUUAAUUAUAAUAUGUAAUUCUGUGUUUCCUUUCAAAGGCAAUAAUGGAUAAGACAAUGACUGCAAGUUUCAUUAGUAGACAUGCAACCCCCAUUUCUCCUACAAUAGCAUAAUAGCUUUAGUGACCUUUUAUCCCUAUAGUGCUCAAAGCGAUUUGCAUUGCAUACACAAGUAAUGUACUUCAUUUCCCUAUUAGUGGAAUGUGGGCUUUUGCUAAAUGCUAUAAGAAAUAAAAUCAGCAUUUUUGCGGGUCCAUAUUAACAUGUAGUAAAACAUUUCAAUUCUAUAAAAUAAUUGUUAAUUUGUAAAAAUGUAUAUCAGAAAAGAAUACAUAUCCUGUCUGUAUUCAUUGUCAUUAGA